AUCAUAGCCGACGUGCAUUUCUUCACCAUCAGUAACUUACAAGUCAUUUUAUACUGAAGCCAUUGGUAUGUUUUCACAACUUUGGCUCUGUCUUUGAUGCACUGGUAUCUUGGUUAAAGCAACAAUCCGAAGAAACACCAUCACGCAUACAGAGCCACGGGAAUUUAACGGCGACUACAACAUUGCAAAACAGCCUCUGUGCUCCUACACCUGAGAUCGUUGAACAUCAUUUGUGCAACAUGGACCAUCCUGCACAGACACAAUCCUGGUUAGAGAUCGACGUGGAUUUGGGAUUUGCACUCUUCUUCCUGUUCCUCCUCUGCCUCUUCUUAGUCAUUACUGUCGUCCGCUGUGCCCAAACGGUGGUCGAUCCUUAUGGCUCCAUCUCCACAUCCACCUAUCAGGAAGAGCAAAUCACUAACUGACGGUUGCUUUGGCCCAUCCCACGUGGUGAAUACGCUACAGGUGUUGGGCCUGCGUUUUUGUGAGGACUAUACAAGCAAAUUUCUUCAUGGACAUCAAGGUGCACAAAGACAGUAGUGGUGUUCUACAUGAACAUGACUAAGUUGACUGUAUCAGAAUCAUGUACUGUAGGAAAUGUAUUGCAGCAGUGAAAGAAAUGGAAGAAAGGAGCAUCAUCCUCAAAAUGUGUUAAUAUGAAUGUUAAAUGUCCAUCCUUUAAUUUAAAAAGUGCGAGUCAUAGUGUUGAGUUCUCGAGUACCGGUAAGAUGUGUACUUCAACGAAUGAUUGUGAUUGUAAUAAAAAAAUGUGUUCAU